AUGAGCGGUAUCAUUGGCGCUAAUAAUGUAUUUGGUCGACAAUUUGGCCACCCGGAUGCAAACAUGCAGGGUAUCAUCGUCAGUAUCUACGACAUCGGCUGCGCUGCUGGCUGCCUGGCUGCUUUUAUGUGGGGAGAGCACUUCGGGAGGAAAAGGAUGCUCCUCGCUGGAGGCUCAAUCAUGAUAAUUGGGACUAUCAUUCUUGGGAGCAGUUAUCACACGUCCCAAUUCCUCGUCGGCAGGAUAGUUACAGGAUUUGGCAAUGGAAUUAAUUCUAGUACAGCACCUCCAUAUCAAAGCGAAAUGGCAAAUCCCAAAAACCGAGGUGCGCUUGUCUGUGCUCAGUCCAUGCUCACCAUCGUCGGCCUCUGCAUCGCAUACUGGUUAGACUACGGAUUGAGCUUUGUGGAUAGUUCGAUUCAAUGGCGCUUUCCCAUCAGCUUCCAAGCUCUCUUUGCCAUCUGUCUCGUGAUACAGAUGCUGCCGCUUCCGGAGUCUCCCCGUUGGCUUAUUGAGAAGGGAAGAAAUAAUGAGGCAGCUACUGUGCUUGCUCGAUUGCAGGUGGUCCAGCCAGCAACUGAACAAGAUGAGCACGUCGUGCUUCUCUGCAAACAAAUCGAAACAUCCAUCGAACUGGAAGCUGCUGCUACUGGAGGGUUUAAGUAUUCUGAGCUUCUAAGCGGUGGAAAGCUCCAGAACCUGAGACGAAUGGUGCUUGCUUCUGCUGUCAAUAUCAUGCAACAAUUUACGGGCGCGAAUAUGAUUAACUACUACGCUCCCGUUGUUUAUCAAAACGCAAUGCAUCUAAGCCGAAACCUCUCUCUUAUCCUUGGAGGAUGUACAUCGCUUACAUACCUUGCUGCAUCUUUCAUCCCCCUCUGGACUGUCGACAAAUUCGGCCGGCGCUCGCUCCUCAUGAUCUCCGCCUCUGGCCUUAGUUUCUGCUUCAUGAUGGCAGCCAUUCUUCUCUCUACCGGCACAGGCAGUGCAGCCUACGCCGCAACUGCAUUUAUCUUCAUCUUCCAAAUAUUCCUCGGCAUUGGAUUCCUGCCAAUUCCAUGGCUUUACCCCAGUGAGGUAACCACAACACGAAUCCGUUCAAGAGGCCAAGCGUUCAGCGGCUUCAUGAAUUGGAUGUGUGUCUUCACCGUCGUACAAAUCACGCCUAUUGCCAUCGAUAAUAUUGCGUGGAGGACGUUCAUCAUCUUCGCUAUCUUCAAUGCUGGCUGGUAUGUUAAGCCUAGAUACAUGCGCGCUGCGAUUAAAUUUUAUGUUAGGGUUCCUAUUGUGUACUGCUUCUUCCCCGAAACUAAAGGACUGCAGCUGGAGGAUAUUGAUCAUCUAUUCGACAAGGGCGGUAUUACUGGAGGCGUGUUUUCAUCGAGAGGACACACUAUACAUCCGGGAUUCUAUGCCGCUCAGCAGAAUGUAACGUCUAUUGAGAAACCACUAGGCGAGAAAGAGACAACGGGUACGGAACUCGUAUAG